UCCAUUCACAAGCACCUCCUAUACAUGUCAGCAAGGCCACACGCCUUUAUUCACCGGGACCAUUUGGAUGAUCCAGUCUUUCUAAUGAUAGUUCAGUCAUGUCGGCACCUGCCAUGGGGACCAGCAAAACAGCGCACAGUGAUUCCAGUAACAAGAAGAAAAGGGGACCCGGAACGCUGGCCACCGCAUAUCUGGUCAUUUACAACGUGGUUAUGACAGCAGGAUGGCUGGUCAUUGCUGUUGGUCUGGUUCGUGCAUACCUUGCGAGAGGAAGCUACCAUGGUCUUUAUUACUCAAUAGAGAAGCCCCUAAAGUUCUUUCAGACUGGUGCCCUCCUUGAGAUAUUGCAUUGUGCAGUGGGAAUUGUUCCCUCCUCGGUGGUCCUGACUGGGUUCCAAGUGAUGUCGCGGGUGUUUCUUACCUGGGCAGUGACACACAGUGUUAGAGAAGUCCAAAGUGAAGACAGUGUUCUCCUCUUUGUGGUGGCCUGGACGGUCACGGAGAUCAUCCGUUACUCUUUCUACACCUUCAGCCUGCUCAACCAUCUGCCUUACCUCAUCAAAUGGGCAAGGUACACAUUUUUUAUCGUGCUGUACCCUAUGGGAGUGGCAGGGGAACUUUUGACGAUCUACGCCGCGUUGCCAUACGUGCAAAAAACAGGGCUAUACUCCAUCACCUUGCCUAACAAAUACAACUUCUCCUUUGACUACCACACCUUCCUCAUCCUCAUCAUGAUCUCCUAUAUCCCCUUAUUCCCUCAGCUCUAUUUCCACAUGAUGCGCCAGAGGAAGAAAGUUCUGGGUCACGUGGAGGAGUACAGCAAAGUGGAAUAACUCGCCUUGCAGUUGCCGCACACAGCAGACUGAUCGCACCGAAAACAGAAACAAGCGGAUAACCUUUAAAAGCCACACUACAGAUUUGUUUAAAAAAAAAAGACAAGGUGUUCUUGUCAGUUAAACAGGCCAGAUAUGCAGAAUGAUUGUUAACGAUAUUAUUUGGGUCCAGAACUGUUGCAGUUGGUGAUUUUAGGCAUCCUGUAACUACACAAAUGGUGUUUAAAAGGAGAAGGAAUGUCAUUCCCAUACUAGUACAUCAGCUACUGUGUGCAGACAUUUUUAUUUUUAAUUCUAAAUGUAGAAUUGCAGACCAAAUAUUGUAGCAGAUAUCAUUCAGACAAAGGGCAAAAAUACAGUUAGCUGCAUCUGGUGGUGUUAACCAGAAGAAAUGUUUCAUCAUUUUCCUGUGUGGUGUGUUUUGUACACUGUAUUUCAGAUGUUUGAAUCUAAUUGACUUAAAUCUCUCUGUUUCUCAUCGAUUUACUUUAUAUUUGAGUAUGAUUCAUAACUCAAACCGUACUUGACUUUCACACUACCUAUGCGUCUACUGAUUCCCAUCAUGAUUACUGUUAGUAUUUUCUUUUUUGUUUUGUUUUGUGCUGUGUUUCUUAAAGGAUCAAUGUUAAUGGA